UAUCGCUAUCAGCUACUUGAUUGGCCCAUAAGUUCCGUUGACAAAAACUGAGAGUUUGACCCACAAUUUAGCAGGACGCAAUGGAGGCUCUCAAGAAGACCUUCCAAGGCGCGACCCAGAACCUCAGCGAGGAGGAACAGCGCCACCAGGAAUGCGAGGACAUGCGCGAGAAGGCACUGACUAAGUGUGAGUGCUUCAGUAACGACAGAACCCUCUCAAUCACCCCGUUGAGUGCCUUGCUCACACAUUCACGCUGUGCUGAUACUUUCGGACUGUACAGGCUCGCGCGUCAAGUUCCUUGUAGACGCCAUGGAGAAGAUGGGUUGCAGUCUGGAGCCAGGUUUCUUUUCUAGCGUGGAGUGCGAGGGAAAAAUCAACGGAGGAUUCCACCUGGACGAUGACGGCAAACCUGGAGUAGUACUGUGCCAGAACCACAUUCCAGACCAGGAAUGGAUGGAUCGCACCAUGGCGCAUGAGCUGAUCCACGCCUUCGACCACUGCCGUAACAAGAUCGAUUGGAACAAGUGCGAGCAUCACGCUUGCAGUGAGAUCCGCGCUGCAGCCUUGAGUGGCGACUGCAAUUGGAAGUACGAGUUCUUCCGCAAGAACUUCAACGUCAGCAAGCAGCACCAGCUCUGUACGCGGCGACGAGCAAAACUGUCCAUCGAACAGAACGAUGCGUGCAAAGGCAGAGUGCGUGCAAGUCUCCAAUUUGUGGACGUUCGUACCCUCUUUGUUUCUUAUACGUCGUAAUUGUAUUGCUGUACUUAGGCGGAUGAGUGUAUCGACAAGGUGUUCGAUUCGUGCUACCGUGACUGGUCACCAUACCGCGAGAUCCCGUAGUUGAGGCGAACUGCUCGUUUACUGGAGCCUUUACGCCAACGCUGCUAUCAAUCACCAGCAAUGACUUCACUUCCCAUCGCUGGUAGCUUCAGUAGAAACACUAAACGCAGCAAAUAGAGAAACAACAACUUUUUUAGUAUUCCAA